UCUCCGGGAGCCUAGGGGGGGCGGGGGGAGCUGCGCCGCGGGCGCCGCCGCCUCCGCCGCCUGGGAAGCAGGGGUGGGGGACGGACGAGCCCCGAUGCCGGGGGAGACGGAGGAGCCGCGAUCCCCGGAGCAGCAGGGUCAGGAAAGGGGCCAGGCAGCGGCGGCCGACGCGGCUUCGGACGAGCUCCGGCCCGGCGCGGCGGCGGCGGCGGCGGCGGCGCCUGCAGGGACCGCGAGCAGCCGCGUGCUGAGGGGAGGUCGGGACCGCGGCCGGGCCGCUGCGGCCGCCGCCGCCGCCGCCGCCGCUGUGUCCCGCCGGAGGAAGGCCGAGUAUCCCCGCCGGCGGAGGAGCAGCCCCAGCAACAGGCCUCCCGACGUCCCCGGGCAGCAGCUCACGGCCACGAAGCCCCCGUCUCCUGCUCAGGGCAAGAAGAGUCCGCGACUCCAGUGCAUAGAAAAAAUAGCAACUGAUAAAGAUCCCAAGGAAGAGAAAGAAGAUGAUUCUAUCCUCCCUCAGGAAGUUUCCAUUUCUGCAACUAGACCUAGCCGUGGCUGGCGCAGUAGUAGCAGGACAUCUAUCUCUCGCCUUCGAGACACUGAGAAUACUCGGAGCUCUAGGUCCAAGACUGGUUCAUUGCAACUCGUCUGCAAGUCAGAACCAAUUACAGAUCAGCUUGAUUAUGACGUUCCAGAAGAACAUCAGUCUCCCGGUGGCAUUAGUAGUGAUGAGGAAGAGGAGGAGGAAGAAGAGAUGUUAAUCAGUGAAGAGGAAAUACCAUUCAAAGAUGACCCAAGAGAUGAGACCUACAAGCCCCAUCUUGAAAGGGAAACCCCAAAGCCACGGAGAAAAUCAGGGAAGGUGAAAGAAGAGAAAGAAAAGAAAGAAAUUAAAGUGGAAGUAGAAGUAGAGGUGAAAGAAGAAGAGAAUGAAAUUAGGGAAGAUGAGGAGCCUCCUAGGAAGAGAGGGAGAAGGAGAAAAGAUGACAAAAGUCCACGGUUGCCCAAAAGGAGAAAAAAACCUCCAAUCCAGUAUGUGCGUUGUGAGAUGGAAGGAUGUGGGACUGUUCUUGCUCACCCUCGCUAUUUACAGCACCACAUUAAAUACCAGCAUUUGCUGAAAAAAAAAUAUGUAUGUCCCCAUCCCUCCUGUGGACGACUCUUCAGGCUCCAGAAACAACUUCUGCGACAUGCCAAACAUCAUACAGAUCAGAGGGAUUAUAUCUGUGAAUAUUGUGCUCGGGCCUUCAAGAGUUCCCACAAUCUGGCAGUACACAGGAUGAUUCACACGGGCGAGAAGCCAUUACAAUGUGAGAUCUGUGGAUUUACUUGUCGACAAAAGGCAUCCCUUAAUUGGCAUAUGAAGAAACAUGAUGCAGACUCCUUCUACCAAUUUUCUUGCAAUAUCUGUGGCAAAAAAUUUGAGAAGAAAGACAGCGUAGUAGCACACAAAGCAAAGAGCCACCCUGAGGUGCUGAUUGCAGAAGCUCUGGCAGCCAAUGCAGGCGCCCUCAUCACCAGCACAGAUAUCUUGGGCACUAACCCAGAGCCCCUGACACAACCUGCAGAUGCUCAGGGGCUUCCUCUUCUUCCUGAGCCCUUGGGAAACUCAGCAUCUGGAGAGUGUCUACUGCUAGAAGCUGAAGGGAUGUCGAAGUCAUACUGCAGUGGGACAGAACGGGUGAGCCUUAUGGCUGACGGGAAGAUCUUUGUGGGAAGCGGCAGCAGUGGGGGCACUGAAGGGCUGGUCAUGAACUCGGAUAUACUCGGUGCUACCACAGAGGUUCUGAUUGAAGAUUCAGACUCUACUGGACCUUAGUGCAAAGGAAGACUUUGGGCACUGGGACAGUGCAGACUUUGUAUUUAAAAGAUAAAAAGGACAAAAAAAAAAAAAAAAUUCAAAGCAUUUAAAAUCUAGUAAAAUAACUGAAGGGCCUGCUCUUUGCAUUGUGGAUCACAACACACACACAUACACAGAGUCUAUCUAUAUCUCUAUCCCCUUCCCCUGAAGUUUCCUCCCUCAUCCUUAAAACAUUGAUGUUGCCUUUACCAGAAAGGUCAUUGAAAAAGCAGCAGCAUACUUGGUUCCAGCCAUCAGCAGCAGACUUCCUGCUCAUCGGCAGAUCUCCUUAUCCCAACCUGUAAAUCUGAUGUGCUCUGGAUCAGCUUUUAACUCAUAAUAGUAUAUUACUGUCAUCUAAGUCUUUUCUCCUCUACUGCUGCCCUAUGGCUCUGGCUUCUCCCCACUGCAACAACCAACACUUACCCUCAAAUAUUAGAGGCUGGCAAUUUGACUUGGCACUUUAGGGCCCCUUAGCAGGAUGCUGUUAAAACAGUACACAUCUCUCAUCCCUCUUCCAUUACUCACUGGGUUUGGGGAAGGAAGGAUGAUACAUGGGGACCACCUCCCUUCCCUUUCAGUGGAUCCCAGCACCUCAGUCCCCCUCCCAAACCUCCAUAUGGCUCUUAAUGGUGCUCACUUGCUUGGAAGCAGGCUCCCAAGAGAGAGGGGACUGCCCUAUGACAGUCUUUUUUGGCUGUAAGAUGGGGCUCUAUAUCAGUGAGAAAAGUCCCAGGCUAAUGGCAGAAAUUUGCACUUUGAACAUGUGUGUUUUUGUGUUUUGGAACCUGAGAUUCCUUAUUUAUUAAUGGAAAGUCUGAUUUUUUGGGGGGGAGGGUCUUUGUUGCUAUGUUUUGUGGGGCUGGGAGAGUAGAUUAUUCUGACAUGGGAUCCUUCCUACAAGAGGUACUUUGAAGGCAAGGCUUAGAGUUAAAGAAGCACAGCCAGCCUCUAAAAUCAUAGUUUUCCAGUGGCCUUUAAAGAAAGCUGGUCCUCAGCACUAACAGAAUCACUACAGUAGCCUAGUGCUUUUUUGGAAGCCUUAGGGAAGGUUGAUAGGUUAUGGUAACUAGUGUGCUCUUUGAGAUACAAGGAUUUGAAGGGAUGAGGUCUGAAUCACACAUAAAAGAUUUUUUUUUUCUUCUGUGAAUUUAUUUUCUUUUUUGUCCUCACUAUUUCUUUACAUUUAUCUCCUAACUCUGACCCCUUGUUUUGAUUUUGGUUUUGUCAUUGGUCAUUCCAGCUCUCCAUUAGUGGGAGACCAGACCAUGUCAUUCAUGAAGGAACAAAAUUGAUGAGUUUUGGUUAAGAGAAAAUUGUCUUGCCUUCCCCUUUAGAAGAGACAAAGUUUGAAUAGACAAAAGCAGAGGUGAAAAAUCUAUGUGAUAAUGUCUUUGCCUUUCCCCGAAUUAUCUAUUUUCAUUGAAGUAGGGAUUUUAAUGCAUUGUGAAUUGUUUAUUUCUGUCAUUGGGAGACACAGAUCGUGGUUUUGUAUGCUUAUACCUCUCAGAAGACUAAAACCCUAAUUCAGCUCAUUAUUUUUUUGAGAAUUAGAAGUGCAGUCCCUCCCUAUGUGCUUCAGAAUCUGCCAUUGAAGACCUGGCCAGAUGUUGUCAGAAAUACAUGCUGACUGUUGGGAAAAAUGAGAGUCUGACUGAGAACAAAAUAAGGAACAGUUUGUUUUUCACAAACACUAAAACUAUGGAGUUUAUCAAAUUUUCUUUGCUUAAUUUUUUCCCAGAAAAAUGUCAUCUCUGAAAGACGCUUACUGUACACCCACCACUGUCACUGUUUGGGAUGCCAGGAGGAGGGAGGAAGACACCUACAGGAACAAUCUUAAACACAUUAUUGUUUCCUCUAGAGUGUUGCAGACUUUGCCAACCCCUCCCAUGGUGAGGGGAGAGAAGGCAUAAAGACAGGCUUUCCUGCCCCACAGUUUGCAGUUGACUUUGGUACAUUGGUUUGAAAUUUACAUUGACUUUGGUACAUUGGUACACAGAUUUGAAAAUACUGUAAGAGUAAUUAUAAAUGGGACUACAACAAAGUUGCUCUACGUGAUACUGUUUCUCUAACUAAUGUUUGUAUUCUACACUUACCAUUUGUUUUUCACAUUUAGACUAUCUCCAUAAAUUUCACUUAGAAUGGUUACUCAUCAAAUAUAGCCACCCACAGAGAAGCAAACUGCAUUGUAAACAUCUUUCUGGGAUGGGGAGAAAUGUUCUUUUCUGUACCUCACUCCCCUCCCCUUGAAAGCAACUGGUUAUAAUAAUUAGAAACAUCCUAUCCUCUCAUUUGGGGGAGAGUGUGUAAGGGGGCUGGGUCAUCUUCAUAGCUACCAUUUGCUGACAAUAAAUUAUUGUAGCAGUUUGCAAUAAAUUUUAAGGUAGUUUUCAUGAACUUUACAUUUUUUCUUUUGAGAACAAGUGCUAGCAUAGUAAAAGUGUAAGCAAACUAAGCACGAUUCCCAUUUCCUUUCUUCCCAUGCAACUCAUUUAAUUGUCCUUUAAGGAGUCCUUUUAAUCUUCAAAAUUGGUAGAUAUGUCAUGCUCUUAUCUUACUAUCUUUUAAAUAGCUAGUCAUCCCUCCAAUUUCAAAUGGCAGUUCUAAAUUUUAUAGAUAUAGUUGUGAUAAUUACUUGGUAUUUCUGGGAGUUAUGCAUACUCCUUGCUUGGGUUGCUGGUGUAUUUUGCAUAACCCUAACACAUUUUACAGGGUUUAGUCAGAUGCUGGCUGGGAGUCCUGGGGAUGAGUACAGAAAACAUUAUCAUAGAGCACUUGGACCUCCCUCACACCUGUUUGGAGGAAGAAUGUGAACUCUACCACCAACCUAUUUGAGGUCUUACAGCCUCACCGCAGACCAGUUUCACUCCUGUCUUCUAAUUUUCCAUAUACUCAAGAAAAUCAGAACAUUGUAAUGGGGCAGUUAUAUUUCCUAAAACCUUUUUUGCCUGUUGAAAUGUGCAGGACCCUUUUCCUGUGAUGAGAGAUAGGUGGUUACUUGAUCUAGGUUUAAAAGUUAUGUUAAAAAAAAAUUAUAAUAAAAGGGAUACUUUGCUUUUAAAA